CGUCACGGAAACCACGCAGUGGAGGGAGGCCAGCCUUCAUUCUGUCUUCGUCCCCUAUAUAACGCUUGAGAGAUGGACCAUUGUUGCCGCAUUCUGCGGGGAGGAAGGAACGAUCGGAGACGCUCAAGGAGGAAGGAUCGCCGGCGGCGGAUGAUAUCCUUCUCUCGGCGGCUAUUUGCUAUUCACGCGCCAGAUUGCAGCAAAUCCGGUUUUUUCUCAGGAAACUGAGCUAAAGGAAAAGGCUCUUCUUCCAGUUGCGAGAAUGGAAAAUCCGGGCAGUCUGUCAAAUGUGGGAAGUUUUGCCCUUAUGGGGAAACAAUCAGUACUUCCCCCAAGAAAUCCCAGUCGAUGUAUUUCUCCUUCUGCCUCUGAAUAUAUCCCGGGCUCAUCGCUAGAAUCUCAUGACCUUUUCAAGUCCAUGGAGAAUAGCGUGAAUCACCACCAUUCUUCUCCAGAUAAACUUCUCGCAGAUGAGCAACCUGCUUGGCUUGAUGACCUUCUAAGUGAACCAGAGUCACCGAUUAUGAGCAAGGGCCACAGGCGUUCAGCUAGUGACACUGCUACUUUCUUGAAUUUUGCCUCAAUGUCGUUUGGAGAGGAAACCCAGUUGAGAAGUCAUUUUGGGGGACCUUUUUGCCUGUUUCAAAGCAUUGAUCGUCAUGAUGACGUGUGGCGUCCUAACUCUUCUGGCAAACACCAGGAUAGAGGAUGGCAACUGCCUAACAAGAAUGGCGCUAACCUUAAAAAAUCUGCUUCAUGCAGUGCCGUAAACAAAAUAGGUACAUUGGCACCUAAAUCUGUUCAAAGGCAAGUUCGUGAAUUGAAAGAGGGUGCUCCCGUGAAAGUGGAUAAUGAUUCCAAGCGUGCCAAACAGCAAAAUGCUCAUCGUGCACGUCUGAGGAGGCUCCAAUACAUAUCAGAGCUGGAAAGGAACGUUCAGGUGCUACAAGCUGAAGGAUCUGAAAUGUCAACAGCCAUCCACUACUUGGAUCAGCAGCUGAUGAUGCUGAGCAUGGAAAACAGAGCCCUGAAGCAGCGUCUGGAUAGUUUAGCAGAAAUCCAAAAGCUUAAACAAACGGAGCAGCAUUUGCUAGAGAGAGAGAUCGGAAAGCUUCGGUUUUUGCGACUUCAACAGCAGCAGCAGCAGCAGCAGCAACCAGAGCCGCAAAUACUGCAACAGAACCAGUACAACCUCUAUCACACGUCCACUAGCCGAGAACUCGAGUCCCAGGUUGCAGCCUUGUCUAUCUAAUCCAAGAAGGUAUACUGCUCCUCCAUAUUCAAUACAGAGCAAAGAUACAAAAAGAAAAAAUGGAGGGCUGAUUAGUGAGGAUCCCCACCUCACAUUUUUACAAAUCCAGACCCCCAAAAACAGCAUGAAAUCCCCCAAUCCAUUCAUCUUUUCUAACCCCUUAACGUUCCCUCACCUUAGUUUAACCGAUCCGAACUAGGAAGAACGACCUGCACUAUGAUAGUUCAUAUCCAUGUACCGUAGUUUAACCCCGGAUUUAUGUUUACACCGUCAUCUAUGUUCAGACACAGGCAGACCGCACAUCCUGAUGUUAUGUUUCCUGCAGAGUAAGUGAAUUCCUCAUGUGAAGCAUAACAUGUUAUGCAUUUCAUAAUCUGCCCCCCAUGAAGCAACUGCUUGUAAACUGGUCAUGUUGUAAGUGUUUUUCCAUCCUUCAUUAUGUAUGAAUUUUCCUUGGCAAUGUUCAUUUUUCCCCGCUUCAUGUGUGUAAGUAUAAUAUUAGUGAUUAUGUUCUUUUAGAUUGGUUGU